AUGCCGGGCAUGUGGAUGCGUUGCGCAGUGGCGCUGAUGCUUGGAGCAGGCACGCAUGCCGCAGUGGUUCUCCAGAAGAACACGUACGAGACUUCCGGCUGCACCGGGCAAGUGGUUCGCACGGAGUACAUGGUCGCCGGCUGCAUGCAGAAUGGCGGUGGCAGUGGGUUCGCUGCAAUGAGCUGCAACAGCACUGGGGCCUCCUUGGCCAUGCACACUGAUGCGGCAUGUGCUAGCAACGCUACGGAGGAACAAUCCUUCGAUUUGUCAACAUGCAUCGACCAGUACACCAAGUAUAUGUCCUGCACGGAGCAGACCGUGGUCACCAUGAAGAUGUACACUGCAGCAGGAUGCAACGAAGCGAACCUAGAGGCAGAAUACUCGAUGCCGCUGGGAUGCCGCGCCAUGGGCAGGGUGUCGAAUGGUCAAGUCACAGCGAUGUCUCAGAAGCUGGAGCUCAACAGCAACAACAACCUCGUGAACGAAAUGUACAACUCCAGCCUGGACUGUUCGGGUGCUCAUGUAGAGGUGGAGCUCCCCUGCGAGCAGGUGUGUGUGGACGGCAACACCAGCGAUGCAUUGCCGGCUGGCUGGUUCGCCUAUCAGGGAUCCUGCUCGGUCCAAG